AGCUCAACCAGCUCGGUCCUUUACCCACCCGACUUUAUCAAAUCAAGAUGAAAACGUUAUUUUUGUUGCUUCUCUUCUGUCACGUUUCAUCAGCAGUGAAACACUCUCUGAAAUAUUUUAUAACUGGAUCAAGUGGAGUCACAAACAUAUCAGAACUUGUGGCAGCUGUUGUGGUUGAUGGAAGUCUGGCUAUUUACUGCGACACCAACAAAAAGAUAUUAGAACCAAAACAGGACUGGAUGAAAAAAGUAUUUGAAGAUGAUCCUCAGCACUUUGAGUGGGCCACUCAGGAGUGUUUUCAGAGAGGGCCAAACAAAUUCAAAGUCAGGAUUCAGAAUUUGAAGCAGCGCCUCAACCAAAGUGAAGGUGUCCACAUUUUACAGGAGAUGUUUGGUUGUGAGUGGGAUGAUGAGACUGGAGAGGUUAAUGGUUUUAUGCAGUAUGGUUAUGAUCGAGAAGACUUCAUAUCUUUCGACCUGAAGACAUUGACAUGGAUCGCUCCGAAACCUCAGGCUGUCACCACCAAACUGAGAUGGGAUAAUGACAAAGCUAGAAUAAAAUACAAUGAGAAUCACCUCACUAUGAUUUUCCCGGGGUUCCUCAAGAAGUAUUUGGACUAUGGCAACAGCUCUCUGCAGAGAAAAGAGCUUCCCUCUGUGUCUCUCCUCCAGAAGACUCCCUCCUCUCCAGUCAGCUGCCACGCUACAGGUUUCUACCCUGACAGUGCCACACUCAUCUGGAGGAAAGAUGGAGUGGAGAUUCAUGAGGACGUGGACCACGGAGAGAUCCUCCCCAACCACGAUGGAUCCUUCCAGAUGAGUGUUGACCUGAACCUUUCAUCAGUCACACCUGAAGACUGGAGGAGGUACGACUGUGUGUUUCAGCUCUCUGGUGUGAAGAACAUCGUUAUCAGACUGGACAAAGCAGAGAUCAGGACCAAUGAAGAGAAGCCUUCUGAUCCGACCAUUCCCAUCACUGCUGCAGUGGCUGCUCUGGUUGUCGUCCUUAUGGCUGCUACUGGAUUCAUUGUUUACAAAAAGAGGAAAGCUAAACGCCCUCCAUGUCCUCCUGACAACAGCUCCGAGCUCUCUGAGAAACUGAAUCCAGAAACCUGAUUUACAAACACAUUGUGCACACAGUGAAUUACUGCAAAUGGGACGGCAAAGCAAUUCAUUCUGUGACGUGAACUAUUCACAUCUGCAGUUAAACAACACCUGAUAUUAUAAAUAAGAGAGCCACAUUGUUUCCUAAUCCAUUCCACAACUGUAAGCUUUUAAGAAAAUCUUUGCUGAAACCCUUUUUUACUGGAGUAUUUACAGAAAAUAGUAUUUUUCAAAUGAGAUUAAAUAGUUUUAAUCAUAAGUUUUAAAUUUUUUCUCUCCUUCUUGUUUAUUUUAUUUCUACUUUAUUUUAAUACUUUUUUGGUAAAGGCUACAAAAAAAUGUUGCCUUGGAAGGAUUGAUUUGUUGUUAUUUAAUUUAAUACAUAUUUUAUGUGUUGUUUCAGUUUUGCUAUGUGAAGCACUUUUGUAUAGGACUCAUAGACCGCGGAACCGGGGAGGCCAGGGGGGCAAUGGCCCGGGUAACUUUUGUACUCUGAAAAAAACUAUUAUUAUCAUUAUAUGAAUAAAAGCCUAAGUUGUA